AGAGAAGAAGAUAGAGGGGAGGGAGUGCGAGAAGAGUAGGAGAAAAAAUAUAUAUAUAUAUUUGGUUGAAAAAGAGGUUAUUAAUCCUUUUUCUCCAUUUUAUUUGUUCAAAAAAGAGAGAGAAUGUUUAUUGAGAGCUUUAAGGUAGAGAGCUCCAACGUCAAGUAUGGGGAACACGAGAUCGAAUCAGUGUAUCACUACAACACCACCGAGCUGGUCCACGAGAACCGUGAUGGGUCCUACCAAUGGGUCGUCAAGCCAAAGACCGUCAAAUACCACUUCAAGACAGACACCCGUAUCCCCAAGCUCGGUGUAAUGCUUGUGGGAUGGGGUGGGAACAAUGGAUCCACCCUCACCGCUGGUGUUAUUGCCAACCGAGAAGGGAUCUCCUGGGCAACCAAGGACAAGGUGCAGCGAGCCAAUUAUUUCGGGUCACUGACCCAGGCCUCCACCAUUCGGGUUGGAUCCUUCAAUGGGGAGGAGAUCUAUGCCCCAUUCAAGAGCUUGCUUCCCAUGGUGAAUCCAGAUGAUAUAGUGUUUGGGGGAUGGGACAUAAGCAACAUGAACCUGGCUGAUGCCAUGGCCAGGGCCAAGGUCCUGGACAUAGACCUCCAGAAGCAGUUAAGGCCCUACAUGGAGUCCAUGGUCCCACUCGCUGGGAUCUAUGAUCCUGAUUUCAUUGCUGCAAACCAGGGUUCAAGGGCCAACAAUGUGAUCAAGGGUACCAAAAAGGAGCAAGUCCAACAAAUCAUCAAAGACAUUAGGGAAUUCAAGGAGAAGAUGAAGGUGGAUAAGGUGGUGGUCCUAUGGACCGCAAACACUGAGAGGUACAGCAAUGUGUUGGUGGGGGUGAAUGAUACGAUGGACAACCUCUUGGCUUCAUUGGAGAAGAACCAGGCUGAGAUAUCUCCGUCGACCUUGUAUGCGAUUGCUUGUGUCCUUGAAAAUGUCCCAUUCAUCAAUGGAAGCCCACAGAAUACCUUCGUGCCGAGUUUGAUUGAUUUGGCUAUCCAGAAGAACAGUCUCAUUGGGGGAGAUGACUUUAAGAGUGGGCAGACUAAGAUGAAAUCUGUCCUGGUAGAUUUUCUUGUAGGGGCUGGAAUUAAGCCAACCUCCAUAGUUAGCUACAACCAUCUGGGGAACAACGAUGGCAUGAAUCUAUCAGCACCACAAACCUUCAGAUCAAAGGAGAUAUCCAAGAGCAGUGUGGUUGAUGACAUGGUUUCAAGCAAUGGCAUUCUGUAUGAGCCCGGGGAGCAUCCUGACCACGUUAUCGUCAUCAAGUAUGUGCCCUACGUUGGGGACAGCAAGAGGGCGAUGGAUGAGUACACCUCGGAGAUCUUCAUGGGUGGGAGGAGCACAAUUGUACUGCAUAACACUUGUGAGGAUUCACUGUUGGCAGCACCUAUCAUACUUGACCUGGUCUUGCUAGCUGAGCUCAGCACCAGGAUUCAGCUCAAAGCUGAGGAAGAGGGAAAGUUUCAUUCCUUCCAUCCGGUGGCUACCAUCUUGAGCUACCUUACUAAAGCUCCAUUGGUCCCUCCAGGCACACCAGUGGUCAAUGCCCUCUCAAAGCAGAGGGCCAUGCUGGAGAACAUCCUCAGAGCUUGCAUUGGGCUGGCCCCUGAGAACAACAUGAUGUUGGAGCACAAGUGAAGCAUCUAAAGAGAAAAGAAAGGAGGUUAAAUAUGAGUGCAUUGACUUGUUCUUAUGCCUCAGGAUGUCAGAGAUUGCUUCCUUGUACUAUUCAGAUUCACCUCUUUCAAGAGGAGUAAUUUUAUAGUAUUAAUUGUUUUGCACAUGACUCUUCUCUGUGAUUUGUAAUCUUAAUUAACGAAGCUGGAACAAUGCCAUAUAUUUAUAUAUUGGUUGGCCCGGA